AUGUACGCUCCGGUAGUCGUUGAGAUUGUAACCUACUUCUACCCGGUUGGGAACACCUCCGCGGUUCAUCUGACCCGAAAUCUCCCAAUUGAAGAACCUGCAGAUAUUCUGCUAUUGGGCUGCGGCGACAUACGCAGUAUUCUGUUCACCUUCUACAACGAUCAAGAUCUCAUUCGACGGACCGAUGUGACUUGCUGCGAUAUCGAAGCCGCAACUAUUGCGCGUAACAUCCUACUCCUCAGCCUCAUCUUGGAUGAUGAAUAUGGCGCCCUCAAUUCGCAGCUUUCUCAAGCGUCUAAACUCUAUUACCUCGCUACGUCAUUGAAGAGCUGGCAUGAUGGCAAAUAUGGCGGGCGACUCAGAUUUUGCGACAGCAGUACGAUGAAGAGAGUAAGAGAGGUGUGGAAUACCUACCGUGUCCCGGAAUUCAACAGUAAUAGGUAUAAACGUUGGAUCCAGCAUGCUGAUUCGGCUAUUCAAAGAGCCAUGAAGUCACGAAAGGCGCGCAUGGGAGAGUCAACUAUUUCCCUUUCUGGAAUCCGAUCUGCAGCUCCUGCUGGUAUCAAAGCUAUCACAGACGCCCCAACGCUUGGGCAGCAUUUUUGGGAUCACGGUACGACGGAGGAGAGACUUAUAGGUGUAUCAAAGGCAGACCAUAUCAACCCGAUGUUUGUCACCGACUCGUCCACUCUCCACUAUGGCACAGACCCGUUACUUGGGUUUCAUCUGGCCACUGCCUACUCCCCACUACAUAAGGAGUCCCCCUUACACUCCGAGUCAAUGCGUAAGAAGAAUUUGCCAUUCAAGGUCGUUGAGGCCGCACGAGUGCAAUUCGCAGCCUGGGCGAAGGCAUUUCGACAGAGUUCAGCACAGGAUACGACCCUCCGGUUCUUCGUAGGUGACGUGAUUAGCUUCUCAUAUGCGCUUCAGCAUGCAAACACUACGAGAAUCAAACCCGCAAACAUAUAUCGUGAUUCGUAUCACUGGGAUCCGAUCGUCCUGAACGGCUCCGAUUACGCCGAAGCGGGCGCCGCGCCGCUACAAUUCAACGUAAUUGAUACCUCUAAUCUCAUCGACCAUGUCGGCUCCUUGAACCUGCUUGUUGCUGUCGCGCCAUUGUUGAGCAACAAUAGCUCUUCCAGUCUAUACACUGAGAGUAUGGUACAGCGAGAAGGGUCUCAGCAGGAAUAUAUCAAUAGCAUAAUGUGUGGGCAUUUCCCGACAAUUUCAACGCUGAUGGGUCUGUUCCCUGUCGAGUACUGGGCCAAUUCAUCGCCAUAUUCUUUCGUUGACGACUUGCUCUUGGAAUCAAACUAUGGAACGGCUGAUGACAGCUCCCAACUGAGACCGAUGCACAUCAAAUUGACCUGGAGGCGAACAGCUGCGGGACCAACAUCGCCGGCGUUGGACACUCAGGUCAGGCUGCACCUGGAUAAGCUCGGGCUGGCUCGGAUACUGCAUAAAGUGUAUCUCAACAUGUUUCGGCACGAGAACGUCCAAUUUCUGCUCUCUAAUCUCAGUCCAUGGUCUCUGUCAAACUACUUCAUGCCGCGCUUCCAUCGAGGCAGCUUCGCCCUCAUUCUGCGCUUUGUGCGCAGUCGCGUUGAGACAGACUGGGAUGGGAUGAUGGGCCAUCUUCUGGACCUCAUCGAGACCGAAACCACAGUCUUGAUGGGCUUGAACUACAUUCAAGAGCUAUAUCUAUAUCUGAAAUUGUAUGGUGUGCUGUCAGUGCCUACAUUAUCGUCAUCGCCGAUGCAAUCGAACUCCCCUGGCGCUACCUCAGGAAGUCUGAGAUACUGGAAGAAUAUUCCUCCCAUAUUAUGUGCUACCUUGAUCGUUCCGAGGGAGAAGAUCAAAGUAAUCACAAACGUCGACGCUACAGAGAUCGGGAGUCCCAUCAUGCACUGCGUAAUACAAUCGUCUCCAAGCUACCAGUCCCAGAGAUGGCAGAACAUCUUCUCCGUGGUGCAGGUCUCCUUUGGCAACCUCUCCACAACUGGGAUACGAAACACCGACUCAUUCCAAGUCAGCAUCAUAGAAGACGAGCUCAGGUGGCGCGGUAGCUCCGCUCUCAUUGUGUCGUUUCUGGUCCCGACCUGGAUAUUGCUGCUGGAGCCCCAAGCUGCCAAAAUAUCCUUUGGAAUUCAAAGCACCCCAGCAGCUGCGCAAACUUUUUUGCGCACCCUUGGGCCAGAGAUGACCAUCUUCGAGACGACGUUGGAAAAUGAAAGCAGCCUGUUUUUCUCCCAAUUUCCACCAAACCAGAAGGACACUUCUUCUUUGCUACCUUUCCCAAGCCGUGAACAUGAGGUUUCAACCAUAGAAAAAGCUAUUGUCAAAAGCAAAAUCACCGCAAAUAUUGACUCUACUACAACGAAGAUGACGUCUCUGGCUUGCCGUCUUCAGAUACUCUCCGAGGAUAUCCAGAAAGCAUUGCAAAGCGGCGGCUUGGUCCAGACAACCCAGACGUCUCCGUGUGGCUUCCUUGAGAUCUUUGGUCCCAAGUCUAUCCCAGUCGCCUUUCAAUUUCCCUCGCCUGUGGUCAGAAUGAAUAGCAAGACCAGGAUCGCUCGAAAGUCCUUGUACAUCGAGGUCGAAGCACCGUUGGCCGAAGCGACUGUCUGGAAAACCUUCCCAGCACAUCUCUAUCCGGUCAUCUUGGCUUCCAGCGCUCCGGUUGCAUGGAAUUGUUCGCGGCUGAACUUAGACCGCCUGCCAACUAUUGACACUUCGAAGCUUGCAGAGAUCGAGUGGCUCGUCACGCACGCCAGCGGAAUGUUCAAUACAAGAGAACGCCAGCUGAAGACCCAGCCGACAGCCACAAAUGCCGAGCAUGACGUUCGCUUCGCAUUCAGGGACUCUCUGUUCUCGCUGUUCAUGAUUUUCACAGGGCUUCAGGGACGGAAAUCAAAUAUGACUACCCUCCAUAAUCCUACUGGUGGCGGCGUGCACGCAAUCAUCCUCAUCAGCAGUCUGAAACUCGAUCUCAACAAUCGUACGGUGGUCCUUGACUGCGCAGUGCUGUCUCUCACUGAUCGACUCAUGCCCCGACUGGGCCCGUUUCUUGGCGCAUUUUCUGGACAAAAGGUUUGCCACAUCAAGGUCGAUGCUGACGAACUGCAACUGUGGAAGCAGAAUCUACCUGCGAUGGUGGAACGCUGUCGGUCAUGGCCGCACCAAGCUCGCUGCGAGUAUCGCGCUCAGUCGCGCAUUCCUCUGUCGACAGAAAAUGGUCAACCAGUUAUCUGUUCUUGUGGAAGUGGUAAGGUGCCGGCGAAUUUUAUUAUUGGAGUCCCACAUUGGGAGUCGGUUUCACGGUACUUUGUGCGGGCUGCCAUAUCCCUGUGCUUCUCGACCGCGUUCUCAGAGCAGUUGUUUGAUUUGAGUAUUUUCAGGGAGAAGGUUCAUUCCAUGCCCGAGUGAGUUGACCACAAACGAUAUCGAGUCCGUAGCGAAGUCUGCGAAGCAGGACCAAAAUUGUUUUGGAAGGCGACAGAUCUCGACUGUCGCUCGGAGGAGGGGUCAAGCAUUGGUCUCAUGUUCGUGGUUGGGGUUGUCAUUGGUGUUACCAUCCAGAGCAGCAAUGUGGCUGUUUAACGCAUUAGCACCCGUCC